AAUGAAAAUGCUUUAUUUCCGCUGCAGCAGGCGACAACGGGCACGUCAAAAACACAAGAAAAUGUGGCCAGUAAGGGCAAACUAAGUAAACUAAGGCCGGAGAUAGGUCCUCGACUUACAGCUGUCCUCUUCGUAAAGCUUCGCUGCCUGUUUACGUUUGUAUUUGAAGGCAGCUGUCGGAUAUUUGACGGUUUAAGAGUCGUUUCGAGGUUAAGGCGUCCCCUCUUGUUGUGAGCUAGCUGUUAAAAUGGGAACAAGAGCAAGUCGCAUACAGGAAGACCCGCUCCCCUCACCCUACGCAAAAGAAGGCGCAAAGCGGGAUUGUUAUCGGCGGACCCGCUGUGCCAGGCCCACCAGCCUCGUUGUCGACUUUUCAGUUAGCUUCGAGGAAACCGAGGCCAACCGGAGCCGAUCCGAGGAGGGCAGCGACUCGGACUUGGGCCGGCACGGGGCGAGCGCCGACGGCAGCCCCGCCGACCGUCACCACGGCGGCUUGAGCCAAGCGUCGCCCGCGGACGACGACAACAACAGCGAGGGGAAACCCGAGGAGGACGGCAACGUGAGCCCCGAGGCUCCCGUCGACGCGGAGCGCCAACCCGGGGAGGAGACGGGCCGCACACCUCACCGCACAUUUUCCGAGCGGCUCCCCGGGAAUCGGCACUCGGCGGCCCGCAGCGUGGGCGCAAGAUCCGCCCGGGUCCGCGGCACACACCAACGGCCGGUGUCGGAGGCUUGGAUCGGCCUUUACCGCGUCAACAACCGACAUGGCAAUAUCCGCUGUCCCUUCUGCUCAAAGCCCUUCCCGGGCGGUCGGAUCGAGGAUCACCUGUUGAGCUGCCUCACGUCUCCUCCCCUACCUUACAACACGGAUGUGCUCAGUAAAGACAGCGGGGAGUGCUCGAUCUGUUUGGAGGAUCUGGUUCAGGGGGAGACCAUCGCCCGGCUGGCUUGUCUCUGCGUCUACCACAAGAGCUGCAUUGAUUCCUGGUCCAAGGUGAAGCCCUGCUGCCCCGAGCAUCCCUUUGAUUGACUCGCAGGUCAGCCCGUUGACCAACUCGACUCAGGAGACUACACUGAUUCCCAAUAAAAUUACAAUAAAAGCGUGUAUUUGAACGAGCGGAAGCCCACCGUCCCUCUCAGACACAAUCCCAAGAGGAAGCUGCGGUCGGCGAGAUCCGACACUUUCCCUUUGGGUCCAUUUAUUUGAACUCAAAUCUGCCAAACGC